AAUGAAUUAAAAUUGUUUUUAACUUUGCCUUUAUUUUUAUUUUUUUUGGGAAUAAUAAAUUAAAUACGGAUGAAUCUCUCCAAUCAAAAUACGCAUCUUAGACUUGAACUUUCCGUGCUGUAAGAUUAAUUUGAUCGGAUUGGCUAGCUGGCAUGCUUGUCUCAUAUACUUUGAAUUGAAUUUUUUUUUGGGGUUAAAGUCUUGAAGACUCUUCAAAUGAUAAAUGCUUCAAUUCAAUCACCAUGGCAAUGGCAUCCUCCUCCUUUCUUUUCUCCAACAAAUCCAUCAACAAAUCAUCUCAACAUUUCUUGUUGAAUUCAUUAUGCAUAACGAAGCAACGAGCUAGGAUAUCACUUCCCAAAAAGGCAAGUUUUUCACAUCUUCCGAGUAACCUCAAGACACCAUUUUUAAACAACCACAAUGGAUCAAAGAGGUACCCAUUCUGAAUUUUCUGAUCACUGUUUGAUACUUUCAGAUUCAACCAAGUUAUCAAAAAAGAACCCAAAAAAAAAAAAAAAAAAUCAUUUUUCACCAAAUUAUUUUUGUUUUGGGUUUAUAUGCAGAUAUGUUUCUAUCAAGUGCACUCCUGAAUCAAGUGAUCAUCUUCAGUCUUUUCUUGCUGCCGAUAAGGCAUGGGUAAAUUGGAUAUGGGGAUUGGUAGCCUUAGUACCCCUUGUUAUCCAGAGAUUGUUAACAUUGACCAAGGAAACGGAGGCCGCGGCUGAGACGGUGGAAAAGGUGGCAGACACGGUGGAGAAGGUCGCUGAGGAUGUCGAGAAGCUGGCGGAAGAUGUCUCUGAGAAGUUGCCUCAGGGCGGAAAACUCAAACAAGUAGUUGACUUUGUUGAAAAUGUGGCCAAAGAAACAGCAAAAGAUGCCCGAUCAACUGAAGAUUUAAUGAACAAGGUUGAAGAAGUUGACCAGCAGAUUGAAUCCAUCAUCACCCAUGGAUCGAAAGCGAAUGUCCAAGAGUCAUCUAAGGAUCAAGCUUAAGCAAUUCAUGUUGGAUACUCGCUCUUUUUGAGGAUUGUCCCAAUUGACUGGGAAAUUGAUGCAAUUCAUGUUAAUUAAAACGAAUACACAGUAAAAUUUUUAAGUUUAUUGUUUCUAACAUAAUUCACAAGGUAUGAUAUGAAUUAUUUUUUGUGAGAUAGAGUAUUUUUGUUUGUAAAGAAAUUAAACAAUAGGAAGUAACAAGUCAACUCUUACAAUUGAUCUCAUCCAACUAUUAUCUCACUUAUUUGGCACCAGAAGAAUGAAUGAGUUGUGAAAAGAGUUAUGAACCA